UGCCAGCUUGCAGCAUCAGACGAAUGAGAGCUCGAAUGAGUCGAGUCGAGUCGAGUCGAGUCAGAGCCAUUUCAGCAGCAAACGUUGGACUGGUUGAACUCAUCACCCACCAACCGUCAAAUCGUCGAUGCCUUGCUCUGCUGUGCCUUGGGCUCGAGUAGUACUGUACCAUCUCUCUGGCUGCCACUUGUUUCGUUCCGAGAGGCCAUAAUCCCAUGGAAAUGGAUGAUAACAACGAACAACCACAGGAAACAGCCUUUCAGGAAGCUCUGAUGGAGGAAGCAUCCCUUCUAGCUGCCCAAUUUCAAGAACAUGACCUCUCCAUGGUCAUGACACAACAAGAGCAUGGGAACGCCUUGGCCGUUAAACAGCGCGUAGAAUCUUGCUCGGAACUGGACAACGUCAACGAUUUUCAAUAUGCUCACUACGCGUUGGUGGAUGAAGCCAAUACGGACAUCGCCGUCGAAAAGAUUCGCAAUCUCCAGGAAUUUCGCAAACGAUAUCAUCUCAACGAUACUGUUGAACAGGGGAUGCAAUACCUCCAAGCCUUCAUGACGCAGCAACCCGGAUUCCUUCUUCAUGUGGAUUGCUGUGCCAGCACAUAUGAAGCAAUUCGCGUCUUGGACGUGGGCAAACUCAAUCCCGCUGCGGCUCUCGCGGUCGGUACAGGUGGCGAUUUGGACUACAACUGGAGACAACUGGUCUGUGGCUUGUAUUAUAUGCACACUGCCUGUUCUCCUUAUCUGGCGAGUGUUCGACAGGGCGUCUUUGAAAUUGCCGAUCUCGAUGGCUUUAGCUCGCAACAAAUGAAUAUGGAAUUUGAGUACCGGCGUCACGGAGAAUUGGUUGGAUGUUAUCCCAUCAAGUUCAAAACCAUCAUGGCCUACAAUACCGGCUAUUUUGCAAAUGUGAGUUGGAAUUUGAUGAAACACCUCAUGAAUGACAAUGUCCGAAACAGCAUUCAACUGGGGUGUCAAAUUAUGGAUGGAGCGGCCGGGGGCAAUCGAAGACUCUCAGAUUUCUACCUCCAACCGUCUUUGGAAGAGGCGCAACGGACCGUGCUCGAUCGAGCUAGAAUUCUUCUCACCAUACGAUAUCACAAUGAACAGACGUUUCAAUUGUGAUAGUAGAGGGAUAAUAUGUUUUACUAGUGGAAGAUAUGCACAGGAGUAGCUCGCCUUUGGUCAAUGAAUAGCUAGCCAGUGUCGUCUUGUCAAUGACGGAGCAAUGCUGUGUAUCCUAGCUAGCGAGCGAAUUGCCCAAACAGAUAUCUGUAAUGACCUGAUUCUUGGAUUGGAUUCAAUCAUGUAUUGGGUGGAUGGGAC